UUCAAGAUUUUUCGUUUUAAAUAUUAGUUUAUUGUUUUUAUUUUUUUUUUAAUUCCUUGGACAGUAACUCGAUCGUCUUUAUAAAUAAAAUUGUUCAUCGAUUUAUGUAAACUGUCGCUGUUCCGUCCACGUCAUCGAGGAUGAUGGACAGAGACGAUGACAAAUAUUUGUCAACUAUAUCUUACGAAAAAAAGAUAUUAGCCAAGGAAAAUAUAGAAUUGAUAUCAGGAAAAGAUGUCAAAGAUUUUUUGGACAAAAAUCUUAUUUUUCGUAAUAUUUUUAAAUGUCUACGCUGUGAAUUAACUUUUGAGAAUGAACACCAAGCACAUAAUUGUAUAGCAUUACCUUUAAACAUUAAUAAACAAAAGAAAUUAAAACGAGUGUUCAAAUGUUCACUAUGUAAUAAACACUAUCUCUUCCCAUCGUUAGCUAUGCUUCAUUUGAAACGCCAUCAAAAAUGUUUGGAAAGUAAAAUAGAAAACAUAUGUAAUAUGUGCAACGCUAAAUUUGAAUCUGCAAAAGAAUUAAAAGACCAUUUUGAGGCUAAACACAAUAUCAUUCAAUUUCAAUGUAAUAUUUGUGAUAAAUUAUUCAAACAAGCCAGGAACUUACAUUAUCAUAUGAUGAGUCAUUCAGGAGACAAACCAUACCAGUGUGAGUUGUGUGGACAUAAAUUUACUAGGGCCGAUCAUUUGAUCAGACAUCGAAGAGACAAUUGUGAUCAAAUGGAAUUUGAAUGUGACUUAUGUGGAAAAAUUUAUAAUACUAAAAGAGGUAUAAGAACGCAUUUGAAAGUACACUAUGACAGCCCAAAGCCUGGUACUAUAUGGGCGUUAUAUACAGAAUCAGGAGAAAAAUAUUAUGAAUGCACACUAUGUAGUAAAACAUUUACUCAAUUUUCUAGAUUCAAGGAACACAUACGAACUCAUACUGGUGAGAAACCUUUUGAGUGUCAAAUUUGUAAUAAAAAGUUUACUUGCCAUUAUAAACUUAAAAUGCAUGGUGAUGUGCAUACAAAUGUUAGACCCUUCAAAUGCAAUUAUUGCGAACUUAGUUUUAAAAAUAGAAGGUACCUUAAUAAACAUAUGCGCAAACAUGAUGGAACUAAGAAAUACCAAUGUAAAAUUUGCAAUAAAGAAUUUCAAUGGUACAAUAGUCUGAAAUAUCAUAUAGUCUCACACUCUGGUGAUAAACCAUAUGUGUGUAUUGAAUGCAACAAGUCUUAUUCACAUCUAAGUACCUUAGUAGCUCACCAACGAACCCAUGGUGGGGAAAAACAUUAUGAAUGCCAUAUUUGCAAUAAAAAAUUUAGUCAUUCUAAUACAUUAAAAAAUCACAUUAUCACUCAUAGUGAAGAUAAACCAUUCAAGUGUCAUCUGUGUCCAGCUCAGGUUGCUACAUGUGCAUCAUUAAAAUCUCAUUUGAAUACGCAUGGUGGAGAUUUUCAAUGUAGUUUCUGUGGCAGUACUUUUUUUCAAUUAUCCAAUCUUAGAUGUCAUGAGCGUAAGAUACAUGGCAAAACAGAUUUCUAUGACUGUGGAGAAUGUGAAGAAAAAUUUAGUUCAAAAUUGCAAAUUAAAGAACAUUUAAAACAUGAACAUAACAUUCAAUUCACAAAAACUGUUACUGUAUAUGAUGUGGAUUUUAUACAAGGUCUCUAUAAUGACUGAUCAAAUUGUAUCAAUUUAAUAAUU